AUGCCGCUGGUUAUGCCGGCGCAGCGGAAACCAUACACAGUGGAGGAGGUCAUCAAACAUAAUACGCCUUCAUCUUUGUGGGUCAUCAUGAAUCGAAAGGUCUAUGAUGUCACAGCUUUCCACAAGAAGCAUCCCGGUGGACCAGGCGUUCUGCUGCAGAUGGGUGGGAAGGAUGCGACUGCAGCUGCAGCGGCUGCGCACAAAAGCAUUCUGCCCGCAAACUUGAUGUGGGAGUUUUGCAUCGGAUACAUCGUCAGGACAAAGCCGCAGGAGGAGGGGCAAGCUGAUAACAAGCCGCCUGUACAGAAGAAGGCUCCAUCUCCUGCGAAAGAGCCAUCGCCUCGCUCACAUGUUGAGAAGGCGAAGAGUGAGGUCAAAAGUGUGACUUCAUCAGCUCCGCUGGAUGGCCUUAGCGACGUGACAGAUGCAGACAGUCCACUUGCCAAAGCGAGGGCGAAGAACAAGCGCCGCUCUCCGCCAUCCUUCUUGGCAGACGUUGAGCGGAUGCUGACAAGGCCAGUCAUGCCCACCAAGUGCCAGGACAUGAACCUGCAGCAUCAGAAGCAGAAGCCCACCAGCAAUGCCCAGGCUCAGGCUGAGAGAGGUGCAGAAGAGGGGUCCAGCCCCGAAGCGGCUGCGGCCGAAUCCCCGGACAUGAAGCCCGAGAGGUCCUUCACAACCAUCAUGGAGGAGAUGGAGUCGGACAUCAUGCCAAUGUCGGAUGUCGAUGCCGUCACAGCUCCUGAGCCUCCGCCGUCUGGGGGGCUUCUUUGCUUCUUCAGCUCCACCGCUUGUUGGAGCGGUCGGCCCUCGGUGGUGCAGCAAGUCGCGCAUGAUGACAAGGCUGUUGCGGAUGGCUUUGGGUAA